AUGAAUCCAUCGAGGACUCUUUUCGCUCCAGCAUUCACUGCGAAUAUCUCACGAGCAGCCGCCAAGGGCCUCUACACCUCAACCGCCACAACAGCAGGUCUUCGUGUCUCUUGUGCGGCAAUCAGACCCUUGAAUGUUGCCUCCCAAAGGAACUUUUCCGUCUCACACAAAGCCCAACUCGAGUUCUUCCCGCCGCCCAAGAACCUUCCUCAUAUCAAGCUAACUCCACCAUCAUGGCCACAUCCCGACGCUACUGAGAAACAACUCAAAGAGGUCGAGGUUGCCCACCGAGAGGUCCGUAGCUUUUCGGAUUGGUGGGCGUACAACGCCAUACGGUUUCUCCGCUGGGCGACCGACGUAGCGACCGGCUAUCGUCACGAUCCCAGCAAGCCCUAUGUAAUGAGCGAGAGGAAGUGGUUGAUCCGCUUUAUCUUCCUCGAGACCGUCGCAGGUGUCCCAGGUAUGGUGGGCGGUAUGCUCCGACACUUUCGGAGUCUUCGCAGGAUGAAGCGGGAUAAUGGAUGGAUCGAAACACUACUCGAAGACGCUUACAACGAGAGGAUGCAUCUUUUGACCUUCCUGAAAAUGGCCGAGCCAGGAUGGUUCAUGAAGCUCAUGAUCCUCGGAGCCCAAGGUGUCUUCUCCAACGGCUUCUUCUUCGCCUACCUGGUGGCGCCCAAGAUGUGUCAUCGUUUUGUCGGCUACCUGGAAGAAGAAGCCACCAAGACCUAUACUUAUGCCAUUGAAGAUCUCGAAUCCGGUAAACUGCCUGGGUGGGAGAACCUCGAGGCACCCGAAAUCGCCAUCAACUACUGGCACAUGCCUGAAGGCCAUCGGUCGAUGAAGGAUCUCUUGUACUACAUCCGAGCCGAUGAAGCCAAGCACCGAGAAAUCCAUCACACCUUUGCGAACCUGAACCAGGCCGAAGACCCCAAUCCGUUUGUGUCCGAGUACAAGGAUGACUCAAAGCCCCAUCCAAGCAAGGGGAUCGAGCACCUCAAAUCCACCGGUUGGGAACGAAAAGAUGUCAUUUGA